UGGCAGUGCAGCUCCCCCGCCCCCAGGCAGAGCCUCAGCAGCCUGCCUGCUCUGGGUUAAGGUUGCGGGACAUUUUUUUACGGCUUUUGAUCUGUCCUGUCCACUCUUGGGAAGGAUGCUUUUUCUGAAUCUGAUGGACCACUUUGAUUUGACGCUGUUUUCUCCUGCCAGUUCACAACGAUAAGGUUCAGAGAAUACUUUGGACGGGAUGGAGGGAGUCAGAUUCGGGUCUGAAAUGUGUUUUCUGCGUAACAACGAGAUGAGGCCCAGAGAUGCGGUCUGGCGGUUGGGUACUCACCUUUCCUCAGAGAUGCCAUCUGCCUGGAGUGAGAAUGGGCUGUGACAUGCAGGCGACCCCCCGGGGACACGGCUGUGGCGGUGGCAGGCAUUAACGAGCAGGCAUAAGGGACCGCUCCCCGAGAGCACACCCUGUGAAGCCAUUGCCACGGUUGGUGGCACAGGGAACAGAAGGGUCCUUUCUCUGGCCCAGGCGGGCCAGGCCCCUUUGUGCUGCUGCUCAGGAGAGGCCCAGAGCCGCCGUGACUGCCCAGCCAUGCUCAGGACCCUGGGGUUGGCCCUGCUGCCUCUGCUCAGCACUGUGGGCUCUAGCCAGGCCAGCGGCUUCACAGAGAAAGGCCUGUCCUUGCUGAGCUACCAGCUGUGCAACUACAGCGUGACCCAAAGCGUCCAGAAAGUCGAGACCGUCCGAGUGUCCCACCUGACCUACGCCCCCUGCGGCGGAUGGAUCCCGUGGAGGCGGUGCCCCAAGACGGUCUACAGGACCCGGUACCUGGCCGUGGACGCGCCCGAGCCCCGGAACGUGACCGACUGCUGCGAGGGCUUCGAGCAGCUGGGCCUCUACUGUGUCCUGCCCCUGAAUCGGUCUGAGGAGUUUGCAUCAAGACCCGGGGCUUGCCCGAAGGUGGGGCAGGAAGAGGCCACCUCGCCCUGUGUCCUGGACGCCGACUGCCCGGGACUUCAGAAAUGCUGCCCCUUGUCGUGGGGCCGCCGCUGCGUGGCUCCCGCACCCCAGGCUGCAGAGAGGACUGUGACCAGUUCCUGGUACAACGUGACCGUCCUGGUGAAAAUGGACUUCCGGGAGCUCCAGCAGGUGGACCCCGGGCUCCUGAACCACAUGCGGCUUCUGCACUCUAUGGUCACCAGUGCCCUGCAGCCGAUGGCUGCUGCUGUCCACCACCUGCACUCGGCCUGUGGGGACACUUCGACCACAGUGUCCAGGCUGCUGCUGGGCCUGCCGCGGCCGGUGCCUGUGGCCAACGUGUCCGCCGUGCUGGACGGCAUCGUGAAGCGUGUCUAUGAAGUGAUCCACAUCCAGGUGCAAGACGUGGAUGAGUGUUUCCACGAGGAACUCAACGCCUGCUCCGAGAGGGAACUGUGUUUGAACCUGGAGGGCUCACACCAGUGUGCCCGCCGCCCCGAGUCGCCGGCCUCGUCUCCCCAGGAGCCCAACUGCACGUGCGAAGACAGCCCUCCUCCCAUCAGAGACUACAUGGUCCUCAGCGUCACCAGCAGCAGCUUCCGCGUGUCCUGGCUCCUGAACGGCACCCAGAACCGCACCUUCCACGUGCAGGUGUACCAGGGCAGGGAGCUGCUCAGGAGCGUCUGGACCCCGGCGACUGCCGUGGAGGUGGCUGGGCUGGAGGCCGGAGUGCUGUACACGGUGAGGACGAGCUACCAGGCGUGCGGGACCAACGUCACCGCCACGCUGACCGUCAGAACCGCUGCCCGUGUGUUUGGGGUCACCGUGAGGAUCCUGAACCGCACCCUGACCGCAUCGCUGCUGACCCGGGGCAGCCCCGAGUACCAGGACUUCGCCCGGCAGCUGCUCCAGGAGGUCGAGAGCGCCUUCCCGCCGGCCGUGUCCGACCUGCACCGGAGGGGGAAGCUGCGGCUGCAGGUGGUGUCGCUGCAGGCCGGGAGCCUGGUCGUGAAGCUGCGAGUGACGGUGCGGGACCCCGAGCUCCCGGUGGGUGUCUCCACGCUGGCCCCCAUGCUCCCACGGCUGUGGGCGAGCACGGUGUUCCAGAUUGACCGGACGGGGACGUUCGUGCAAGACUGGGACGAGUGUGCGGACAGCCCGGAGCACGACUGCUCGCCGGCCGCCCAGUGCAUCAACCUCGAGGGCUCCUACACCUGCCGCUGCCUGACGGCCAGGGACGCCAACCCCUCGCACGCGGGCCGGGCCUGUGCAGCAGGUGACAUGGUGAGCCCCACGGAAGGCGCACUGGCCCUGGUGACAGGGGUAACAGCCCCCGCUCUCAGCACAGAAACAGCAGCCCGUGGCCUGGAGACCCCUGCCCCGUCACCCAGCCCUGGGCACCCGUGGGGCACCCCUGCAGCGGGCCAGGCCCAGGCCCCAGGGACUCCAUCCCAGAGAGGGGACAGCAGCAUGGUCCAGCAGGACAGGAACAACACAGGGCGAGGCGUGGAGGAGAGUGAGCCUGGUGAGGCCCCAGGUCUGGGCACGGGCCAGUGGACGGCCAGCAGGGCCCCUAAGCCAACCGGCAGCCCCAUUCCGGGGACCACGGACAACCUGGUGGACACCCCCGGAUGGAUGCUGAGGAACUCCACCACAGAGCCACACUCUGGGCCCACCCCUGCCAAGGGCCCCGAGGGCCACGUGUGGCACGCCAGCCUCCCCACGUGGGGCGCACUGCCGGCACCUCUGGACCCCACGUGGCCACAGAACACAGACCUUGGACGCUCCAGCUCCCCAGACCUACCCUUGGCCUCCACCCCCGUGUUUCUGAAGCCCCCGGCCUGUGUUCCCGCCCCCGUCAGAAGGGUCACGGUCUCCAAUGUGACCAGCACCGGCUUUCACCUGGCAUGGGUGGCAGAUCUCGCCCUGCGCCCCACUUUCCAGCUCACGCUGAUGUCCUCGAGGAGCCCCCCUGUGCACCUGGAGACCCGGAAUGCGAGCCUGCAGCUGUGGGGCCUGGAGCCCGGCGUCCUGCACGUGGUCGAGAUCGUGGCCAAAGCGUGUGGGGGAGAGAGUGCCACGGCACGCCUGAAAGUGAGGACAGCCGCCCAGAAGCUCAGCGGGAAGGUCAGAAUAGCGAACGUCCGGUACUCGGAAUCCUUCCGCAACGCCAGCAGCAAGGAGUCCCGGGAUUUCCUGGCGCUCUUCUUUAGGAUGGUGCGGGAUUCCCUGUCGCCCACCAUGCGCCAGCACCUGGACGCCUGCAGGGUGCAGGUGGAAGUGACCCACAUCUCCAAUGGCAGCGUCGUGGUGGAGUUUGACCUGCUGAUCCUCGCGGACCUGGAGGUCCAGGAUGUGUCUGCCGCGUUCCUCGCCGCCCUUCAGAAUGCCUCUCUGCUGGAGGUGGUCGGGGGGGACGUCGCCCUGUGGGACUACGACGAGUGUGAGAGCGGGGAGGACGACUGCGAGCCCGGCACGUCCUGCCGCAACACCCUCGGGUCCUUCGCCUGCAGCUGUGCGGGCGGUGCCUCCGACUUCCCCGUGGAAUUUUCUGGAAGGCCCUGUGAAGGUGACUCUUCUCUCAACAUGACCCAGGCCCCCGCUUCUUCUCCGGCCCCCAGCCUAGAGCAGCCCCCCACCGCAGCGGAGACUAGGGCUGCCCCUGAGCAAGGCGACCGCCCGGCCGCCCAGGGCCCGCCCCCGCGGCUGACCCUGACCAGUGCGGUCAGGGUGCUCUGCGAGAUCGAGAAGGUGGCCAUCGCCGUCGAGAGGCGCUUCCUGCGGCAGGAGUCCAUCCCCGAGUCCUCCCUGUACCUGGGGCACCCGUCCUGCAAUGUGAGUGACAGCAACGGCACACACGUGUUCCUGGUGGCCGGAUGGAGCGAGUGCGGGACCCUCGUGCAGAGUAACGUGACGAACACCGUGGUGAGGACCACGCUCAGGAACGACCUGUCACCCGAGGGCAUCAUCCACCACCCGAAGGUCCUGAGCCCCAUCCACUGCGCCUUCCAGAACGACCUCCUCACCUCGUCGGGCUACACUCCGGAGUGGGGGGUUUACACCAUCAUCGAGGACCUCCACGGCGCUGGGAACUUCGUCACGGAAAUGCAGCUGUUCAUUGGGGACUCCCCCAUACCCCAGAACCACAGCGUGUCCGCCAGCGACGACGUCAAGAUCGAAGUGGGCCUCUACAGGCAGAGGAGCAACCUCAAGGUGGUCCUGACCGAGUGCUGGGCCACACCGUCCAGCAACGCCCGGGACCCCGUCACGUUUGGUUUCAUCAACAACAGCUGCCCCAUCCCCAACACCCACACCAGCGUGAUUGAGAACGGGGACUCCAACAGGGCCCAGUUUAAGCUGAAAAUCUUCUCCUUCAUCAACAACUCCAUCGUCUACCUGCACUGCAAGCUUCGCAUCUGCAUGGAGACCCCCGGGACCACCUGCAAAAUCAAUUGCAAUGACUUCCGGUCGCUGAGGAGUGGUGACCCCUCCGAAACUCACCAGAUGUCCUGGGGACCCCUCAUUCGCUCCAACGGUGAGUCUCCAGGUGUGCAGCCAGGCCUGAGACCCAGCUACCUCGUCCUCAUCGUGGUGGCUGUCUUUGCCGCGGUGACUGGGGCAGCUGCCCUUCUCAUUGUGCGCUACCAGAGAAUGACCGGAAAGUACACCUUCAAGACCCGGCCAGACGACUUCAGCUACCAGGUGUUCCACGACUAGGUGGCCCCGGCUGCCCGCCAGGUAGCCCUGACUCGAGCUCGGUUCCUCCUUCAUCAAGCGUCGACAGAAGCCUGCUCUGCUCCACAUCCAGGCCUCGGGGAGCCCCAGGGACGACGAAAAACAUCGCUCCACCUGCCCACAGGCGCCCGGUGACUCUGGGGGUCCAGACAAGCAAGGAGCUGCCAGAGACGUGGGCAGGGUGUUGGGGGCGCCUGGGGCCUCGGACACGGGGAUCCUCAACCCAGGCGUGGACACAGCUCUGCUGUCACCCAGGUCCCCUCCACGGCCCCAGAGCUCCCAGGCCCCUUACCACCAAGUUUGGUCCAAGUGGCCCUUCCCGGCUUCGCUCACCAUUGCUGUCUGUCCGUCCGUCCAUCCAUCCAUCCAUCCAUCCAUCCAUCGUCCAGGUCCAGCCAGCCCGCCAUUCAGCAUGCUUUGUCAAAUACAUAAUAUUCUUAGUUUUCAAAGA